AUGUCAGACAGUGCAUCUAUAUACGGCAGCGAUCACUUUAUGAACGUCGCGGAUGGCGGGCUGGGAACCACGCUCGAAGAGAUAUUCAAAGUCGACGUUUCCGGCCGGUUGUGGUCUACGCAGGUAGUGAUCGAGGAGCCCGACAAGCUGAGAGAAGUCCAUGUGGAAUUUCUGCGAUCUGGGGCCAGGACCAUCUUGACGGCUACAUAUCAGAGCUCAUACCUCACGUUUGUGCAAUCAGCCUGUUCCAAAGCUCAAGCAGUCGCAUUCAUGCAAAGGGCCGUGCGAGUGGCGGAAGAAGCCAGGUCUCAGUUCUGUAGUGAGACCGGGACUAGCGAUAGACAUAUCAAGGUCGCAUUGUCCUUGGGAACAUUUGGCGCCGCCAUCUCCCCCAUGCAAGAUUUUACCGGAUACUUACCCCCGCCCUUCGGCCCUCGCGGAUACUCUGAGGCAGGAGAGAACGUCAAUUCGUUCGGUAACGAUGCCGAAGCCAGGGAAAAAUCAAUUACCGCACUAUCCGAGUUCCACGCCGAACGCCUUUCCACCUUUACGGCCGACGCACAGAUCUGGGAACUUAUCGACUACGUCGCAUUCGAGACCAUACCGCUCGCACGCGAGAUUGAGGCGGUAAGGCGAGCAGUGAAGAUGGUUAUGGGCGAGGAAAAGAUCAAGAUGAAGCCAUGGUGGAUCAGUGCCGUCUUCCCUGAUGGCCACUGCUCAGAGAAGCGCCCCAAUGGCACGUAUUAUACCGCAGAGGAUGUAGUCAACGCCAUGCUUGAGGUGGAUGACGAGCGUCCUCUCCCUAGAAUGGCGGAAGCGGUCGACGAGCUGGCACUGGAACCUAACUCUCGUCCGUUCUUGGUUUUGAAGCCCAACGGAGACAAGGAUUCGGGGCGUGCAUGGGCUGACUCCGUCGGCAGCUUGGCGCGCCUUCAAAGUAGUGACGUAUGGAGUGCAGUGCUAAUCGGAGGGUGUUGCAAAACGGGGCCCGAUGAGAUUCGCGCCAUAAGUGGCAUGCUAACAUUACCAGGUGGCGACUAG